AACCAUGACUGGCCAACCAGGCUCCUUUCCGUCUGUGACACAUAUACAGCAUCUCAUGUUUCCAGCCGGAUUGAGGCGCAGACAGACUGGAAAUGUUUUCCCUCCAAAACUGGGUCAGCGAUUGGAAGAGCCGUGGGGGGAAAUAUAGGCCAAUCCCCACUGCGCUUGACACCAUUAACGCAAGACCUGUCUCACUUUUCUCCCUCGCCUCCGCUGCUUGGAGUUUUUUUCUGUUAUUGCUUGGGCUUUUUUUUUUGGUGGUCCAUUCCUGCUUUGUGAUGAUGAUGACGACCUGUGUUCACUGGAGUUGUCUCUCUGGCGACUUCUUGGUCUAGAUUUUUGUAGUUUUUCCUGAGUCGGGCUGAGCUCGUGGCUGCUGAAGGGGGAUGUUCAGUCGUUGAAAAGAAGGCAGGCAUAUCAGAUCGUUGAUGCUUUAAUUCUCUGGCUCGUAGAUCAUCCUACAUGUACGCUGUGCUCAUAAGUAGGACAGACUAGAAUCCUGGUUUCCAAGUAGAACAGUACUUGAGUCACAAUAAUAGGGCAGAAUGAGUGUGGUUACAGGAGGCUAUGGUUACGCCGUCUUGUGUCGAGUGUGUGGUGACAAGGCGUCAGGGUUCCACUAUGGGGUUCAUGCAUGCGAAGGAUGCAAGGGUUUCUUCCGUCGCAGCAUCCAGCAGAAUGUCAAGUACCGGGUCUGCACCAAGGGCGAUGAGUGUCUCAUCAUGCGCAUCAACAGGAAUCGCUGUCAGUACUGUCGACUCAAGAAGUGCCUAUAUGUUGGCAUGUCCAAGGAUGCUGUGAGACUAGGAAGAUGCCCCAAGAAAUGCAAGCCCCAGGGUAUGCCCAUCCCUUCCCCUCCCAAGUCUCCCUCAGGGGAGUACAUCAUCAAUCCCGAGGAGAGUCAGAUGAAGAUGGAGCAGCUUAUUCUCAGCAUUCAUGAGGCGCAGAAGAAGACGCUAUGGGAUGGCUUCACAUUCAGUGGCUGGAGCGAGUACUUUCCCUCCACGAUAAGUAGAAAUGGUUGCGAUGCUCAGACCAAGCUCAUCACCGACCUGGUGACCAAUAACUUCACUCCCUCCAUCACCCGCAUCAUCGGUUUCGCCAAGAUGAUACCAGGCUUCUUGAAUCUGGACAAAGAUGAUCAGAUUAUGCUACUUAAGGGAGGAUCGCUAGAAGUUCUAUUGGUCCGUCUGGCACAUGUGAUCACAGUCAAGGAUGGCAUGUGUGCAUUGAUGGAAUAUCAUAAGGAAAUGUUGGAAGGUGAAAUCAAGAUGACACCACUGAUGGAGAUCAUUCAGGGUGUGAUUGAGUUUGGUUUGAAGUUCAAACAGCUGCAAUUGACCAAUUGUGAGGUGGCGCUCUUCACUGCCGUCAUUUUAUUAUCAGCCGAUCGGCCAGGGCUACGCGUGCCAGAUGAGAUUGAGACGCUACAGCUACAGGUGGUGCAAGCUCUGCAGUCUCAGAUCCUCCUGAACCACCCUAACGACCGCUUGGUCUUCCCUCGUCUCAUGAUGAAACUCUCAGACAUCCGCCAGUUCAGUGUCACCAACUCGGAUCGAAUGAUCAAUGUCAUGGAUUCCAGAAGCUGAGGCCCGUCUGUCAUGCUAAUCGCAGUAGAACGCUAUUAACUAGAUGUCGGCAAAUUCAUUUUGUUUUCUUGUCUAAAAAUCAUAAGAAAAUAUAUAUAUAGAAGUCUAUAUUGUUGUGUUCACUUUAAAGCACCGUGAUAAAUUGGUAUCCAUCAGAUGUUAUUUUCCCAAACAGAUCAUGAAUUCAUGACCUGCAUAUAAAAAUCUACAGAGUAAUAAAAAUUGCUUCUGUGGAUAAUAUUCACACACAAGGUUGCCAAGCAACAAAAUUACAAUAAAUUAUUAAAAAAAUAACUAGAAUGAGUUUUCUGGGUUCUUAGUAAAUUGUUGAGAAAAGAGUUCUUGGAAACAAUCUGGUGAAUAGUCAUUUUAGUUUAUUUUAACAUUCUAAAUUACGCUUUCUUAACAGCCUUGUACAACCCCUCCAUGUUGAGUGAUGUGGAUUCACAUGUAAAGCAGGCUGGCAUUAGGGUUGGUUGUUCAACAAUAACCUGACUUCAAUUUGUCUGCUGUUUCUUGUCAUACUUAUACCUAAUUGAGAAAACCAUCAAACUCCCCUUAAAUAGUAAACAAUACUUUCCCACAAACCCCUCACUAAUAAGGUUUGUAAAGUAAAACAAAUAGCCAUGCUUUCCUUUCAUUACCAAAGGAGCAUGCUCAACAUUUUUUACCAUGAAAUUUGAUUACACCGGAAUGUGCUGAUUGUACUCCAAGAACGCUAGGCAUUCUUAAGGAAUAGCAUUUUGAAAAGCCCUAUUGACACGGAACAUUUCAAUCUUAUAGUAUUUGACUAAAGUAUGAAUGAGAACUCAGUGCUCAUGUAAACCUACCAUAUUAAUUUUAAUCUUUUGUGGGAAAAAUUCUGUGCACUUACACCAACUGUCAUCAAAACACUCCUUUGUGGAAAAAUAGUAGAAGGCACAUUUUGACCACUUACAUUGUCUGCAUUGUUUGUGUGCACUGUCUCACGAAUUUAUGGCGCAGUGCACAUACCGAAGUUUUGUUUUUUUGUUGCAAAAACCAUGCAGCACACAUAACAUGUAUCAUCUUUGCUUAAGGUGCUCUAGUUUGUCUAAAUCUGUGUCUGUCCCCUUCUAGGGGUGCUUCGGCACAGAAGUCAUGAUAUAAGAGUUAUAAGACUUAGCCCAAGACGUGAGUGUGAUGCAGCAAUAUGCACCCAGCAAUGGAGUCACUGUUGACAUAGUAAUUGGUAUUUUCUGUCAACUAAAUCUUUGCACUGAAAUUGCACUGAUGCGUUGUAUGGCAAAAGGAAUGUUUGUGAGAGGCCUUCACACCUUUGUUGAACCCCUUUUCAGAGUGUGUUUGUGUAUCACUUUUUGAAACGUAUCUGUUUUGUGUGCUGUUUGAUGUGGUCCAAAGAGCUACAUUUUCAGGCAGGUCUCAUAGUAAUAUCAUGUAUAUGUUUUAUGAAUGGGCUGUGUUUAUACGAAUGACCCCCAUAUACUUUGACCCGUUAUCAGCCCAUUUGAGUGACUUUCAUUUCAAACUAACAAUCUCUCCCCAAAAUAGAUAUUUUUUGGUUACAUUAGACUGCAGUGUCCAUACUUAUUACCUUUUCUACCGUUUUGGACCAUACAUGGAGCUGACUUUCAAAUUCAUGACUGGGUUGGAUUAUAUCACAUCUUUGCCAGUUUGGACAAUUCUUAAAAGUACCUCUCUGUCGGACUGUGAACCUGUCGUAGUAGUUCUUUAUUCUCAUGAAAAUUAUGUGCAAUAGAUUGUGAAAAAUAUUUUCCCUGUUGGUCAUGUUUGUUUUGUUCAAGAGGUUAUUUUGAUGUUGUCAUUUUUUUCAAAGGCCGUUUUUAAAAACCAUCGUGCACGUGAAAGGAAUAACUUGUGACGUCAGUAGAAACUGUAUUAGUUGACUUAAACAGAAAUUUGUUACCAAUUUUACAAGAAUGGUGUGCAUUGUCUGAACAUUUCAACUGGCUUCCAGCCUGAUAUUGCUGGAGAUAUGCACAUAUUUCAUAACUCAACCAUGUGCUUACAGUGCAUACAGUUCACUUGGGCAAUCGUUUGAAGCAGUCUUCACAGUUUCAUUUUACUUCCUUAAGGGCAGGGGGGUGUUUAUGUAUUUCCUUGUUUUUCUGUUCUGGCAUAAAAUUGUAACAACUCUAUUAAUAUUUGCAUUGUACAAGAUUUGCCCCCUUUUCAAAUAUUGUAAAUUAAUGAGUUACAUUAGUAUUUUUUAAUUGCAGGAUUAUUUCCAUACCCCAUCCAACUUCCUUCCAUAAAAGGUUCUAAACUUUGAGGUUUGAGUUUGGUUUUUAUUGUCCUUUUUAUUUAGCACAUUUUUGCUGCAUACUAAUUUGCCUUGCUAUGAAACCAAAGCUGUUGCAAACAAUUUUAUAUGAAUAAAAAUGUUAUUACAUUUAGUAGAGACCCAUAAAAUGGGCACUCAAAACUUUUUGAGGGUUUAGUUUGAAAAGAUUGCUUUUUUGGCAAAUUCCCGUUGUGGAACGCAUAUUCUUUUGAGUAGUUUGCAAUGUAACACUGUGAAGAGGUGCUCAGAUUUGUAAUACCCCAGUGUGUUUAGAUACACAAAUGUUGAAAUACAAUGAAUUCAAUUUUUGUAGGUAAAUGUGGCAAAAGCAAAUUAAGGAUGAAUCACAGUGCAGUAUGAGGACUGGAAGUCAAGUUUAUGAUUUCUGAAAACAACCUUUGGCCAAAUAUGGCACUGCAAAAUUACUGAACACAGGAACGAUUUGUUUGUGUUAUCAACCAACUAUCAUGUGAUUAUAUAAUGUAAAUUGUGACUGAAUACGUAUGUAUGGCUCCUGACUACCCGACACUUAAACAAAGACACUAUGGGUAACUGCCAACAUACAUGGACAUGUAGGGCUGGAUAGCUCAGAUGGUGGAAGCACCGGAACUGCAAUCUGGAGGUCGCAGGUUCAAACCCUGCUUCAGUCCAUUCUUGGUUCAACUUUGAACCAAUGAUUAUUAGCUGAUUAGAUUUGCUCUGCAGCAUAUUUCUGCCUAGCAGAUCCAUGAAAUUUACCAAUAGACAUGGACACAGUUGCAUAUUGCACAAAUAAUGAAUGUUUACGAGUGCAAUGGUAAGAAUAAUGUCAUGAGGUGAAGUCGAGUGGAAUGGAACAAUCCAUUUGUCACCGAGUGAAAUUAUUCUCUGCAUUGCACGAAUGUGAAACAUUCAUUUAUUUGUUUUAUACAAUGCCUAGAUCCUUCUGAUUGGUCAGUGCCACCAGAACUUCUAUUGGCUUAGAAAUAGAACUUCUAUUUUUGCUUUGUGGCUGUGCCGUGUGUGGGACGAAAAAUUCAGUAACACGUGAUUAACGACCCGCAAUCAGAUGACAGGGAUUUUUGAGGGAUUUUAAAACACAAAAGUUCUGGUUUUUUUUUUUGCGUUAUGAAAAUCAUCUUUUGAGAAUUAUUGUUCGUGUUCAGCAGCCAAAGUAACUGAAAGGGGAAAAGACAUGAAAGCAGGAACUCUAAGUGAAGACGGUCACAGGAAAAGCUUUGAUCUAAAUUCUAUACACCAUGCCAACAGUGAUCAUCUGUGCAGGGUAAAAUACCAAGACGAGUAGAAUUUUUAAGACAAUAAUGCUGAUGGGACUUUGAUGUGUGUUAGAUAAAUGGGGAAAAAUGUGGCUUCAUACUAACUGCCUGUUUCCAGAUUAACGAGUUUGAAUUUCGUCUCGACAUAUUAUACCAUGACAGAAUUGAAUUUGUUUUUUUUGGAAAAUGUAAUUUUCACCCAAUGACUGUGUACAUUGCAGAAACUAUAAUUAACAAAGUGUUGUACUGUAUAUGCACUUCAGAUAAUUAUAAAAGAAAAAGCAUAAUUAUUGUAUAUAUGUAUAUUUUGUGGACUGAGCAUUGUAACAUAACACAAAUAAAAUAUUUAAAAAAUAUGA